AUGGAUGCCGCGGACUUCUGUCGUUGCUGCGCCCUGGCGUCGUCCCCUUCCUGGAGCCCAGAUGAGCGACGAAUGGUGGAGGCCAGUUUGCUGCGACUCCGGCGCAUGCCCGGCGCAGCACAGGUUUGUGGCUUGGUGCUGCUUCAAUCAGAUGUGUCCGCAGCCUUCCAUGCUGCCCUCACCCUGAAGUACUCCACGCUUUUCAACUGGCCGCGGCUGACGGGCGCGGAGCAGGAAGAGGCGCUGCAGCUGAUGAUGCGAGCGCUCGACCCGCCGCAGCAGGUGUUGCAAGACUGGGCACCCGUGCGGCAACAAGCGCUUCUGGCCAUUGCGCUCUACUGGAAGAAAGGUUUCUUGGAAGGUCGGCAGCUAUGUCCCAUCGCGCAGCUUCCCCUCAACAUUGCCGCGGCCAUUUGUCACCAGAUCCAGGACGAGAAAAACCUCGGUCUGUUAGCCUGCAGCAACGAUGCCCACCGGGCUGCCCAGGCCCGUUUCAGCUCGGAACUGCCAGGGCUGCUGCAGCGCGCAUCAUGUGAGGCCAACUCUUCCGCACUCGCUGCAUGCGCCGCAUGGACCUUUCCAAGCGCACCGCCUGAAGGGUGGGCGAUCUCAUGUGCGCAGGUGGCGUUUGCCCUCUCAUCUGCGGACCGUUGGGACAUAGCCUUGGACUUUGCUGGACAGCAUUGCAUGGAGAACCAGGCCAUGUGGGCCCUGGUCUUGGCUGCAGCUGCCAGGCCGAGCCAGCGCUAUGCGGCGGCCGCCUGCAUGGCGCAGCUGAGGACGGAGCCGACGGCAGCGCAAGUGCUGGAGCUGGCGAAGAGGGCUGCAGAGCUGAUGAAGGAGGAUUUCAGUCUAGAAGAGCAGUUGGAGUCGUUGGACGCCUUAGUGAAGCUGCUGGAAGUUUUGAGUCGUCGAAGCCAGAGCCUCGAGGUCCAAGAUUUGCUUUUGGAUCACUUCUUCCCGGAGAUUUUGGCCCGUGCGAAUGUCCCCGAUUCCUACGAUGAAACAUUGGCCUUGGGUUCCACGGAUCGCAGAGUGAGUUGCAGUGAUGUCUUGCAGCUGAUAGCUCAGCUGACAGGGCAGCGGCCACGCAUUGUUGAUGGCACUUGCCAUUUUUUAGCCGCCCCACUGGAGGGUCACGAAAAUUCCUUGGACGUGAAACACGUUGCGCUAUGCUUUGCAGCGGAAGUGGUGGCAGUGAAGCCACAGGCAGGUGCCACAUUCGCUGGGAUCUUGUGCACCAUGAUGCAGAAGUUUGAAUCUCCACUACUUAUGGCGGACAGCUUUCGAUUUUUCCACCGUUUGCGUUUCGAUGGCCUGUCCAUGAGUGACGCAGAGCAGUUGCUGAACAUGACUCUGAUGGGGCUGCGGCAAAUGGCCAGCGAUCCAGAUGUCGCGAGAUCUGGCUUGCAGAUUUUGGCCGAUCUUGGGAAAACCCCAGGUUCCUUUCCGCUUUUCCAGUCCCAUUUUCAUGGCGUGUGGACGGACCCCAUCCUUCCACUCAGUGUCAUCACGGGCUUCUGCCGGAGUACCAAAGCCGCCGGUGAAACGACGCCAGCAGGGCUUCAGGCGCUGGCAACGCCCUUGUUGGAAGAUGUCUUGAAGCAGUUGGAGACAUGGGAUCCGAAGAUUGUCAGUGGCAAGUCGCUCCACCUCACUGAGCGUCGUUUCUGCGCCCUGGCAGGGCUGGCACCGCUGGACGCGCAGAUGGAUCACUUGCUGGUGGAGGCCGUCCAGAGGAAGCUGAGUGGCCAAUUCCCGGAGCAUUUGCUGCCCUGUGCCGCUCCCUUGUUGGCCGCCUUGACCAAAGCUGCCGUUCGCGCCGGCAACGCAUCGCUCAACUUGGCAGAUCAGAUCUGCCGAGCGAUGGCAGCGAUGGCAGCGAACGCUGAGCUGCAGGACCAUACCCUGGAGCUCUGUGAUGCCCUGCUGUCAGCUGGGAAUCGCUGCGUUUCUGGUGGGGCCAACGCUUGCGAUGCCUUGGCGCUCAUGUGUCAGCAGGGGCUGAAUGAAUGCCAUGAAGUGCGUUGCUACGAGCUUUUGUGUCGCGUGCCACGUUUGACGCCCGCGGGCUUCCAAUGUCUGCUGUGCCGCGGCCUCGGGCAUCCGAACGCAGCAAUUCAGCUCCUAUCCUCGCGACGCCUUGCGGGAGAGAAGGGUGCCCUUGUUGAUGCUAUGGCCGCGCAAGUGAUGUCCAGAGUCUUGCAGGUUGCGCUAGGUAAUUCCAUUGAUGGUCCUUUGAUGGAGUCUUUGGCGGAGCUCUUCAUGCUGUGCACGACCGUCACAGCACUCAUGGCAGCUGCACAUGAUUUAAUUGUUGGGAUUACCGACCACGUUGUCAGAAGUCUCGUGCUGCAAAGCUUUGAGAAGUUGAAUGCACAGCCCGGUGAUCCAAAGGCCCAUUUCCUCUCCUUCAUUGCGGAGAUUCGGGCGCUUGCGCUGUGA